CGUCAAGUGAGAUAAUUUUUAUUUUAAAUGAAGGUGCAGAAGCGAUCUUCUAAUUAUGUAAGACUCCAGUUGUUAUUAUUUUGAAUAUAAUUUGUGAGAUAAUACACGAAUUGAUAAAAAAAUUUUAAUUGCUUUAUUAAAAGGAAACAUAAGUUUGAAGAGAUAUGACCUUUCUCGAGAACUUGUUUUAAAGUAAGCGUUCAUUCUCCCGAUUGUCCGACUGUCUCUCUCUUCAAAAAAUUAGAUGUCAGAAAUCUAUGGAAAGUCUCAAUUCUCGAUCGUCUGCCAUUAGUCUGGUGAGCGGUUAUAAAAGUCUAAUUUUACCGCAUUCAAAUCCACAAGUGGCACUAAAAAUAGUAAAAAUAAAAAACUGGGUAGCGGUCUGUCGCCGCCGAACACAGUUUGAAAAUGUGUUUCUUGGAUUCAGUGAUUUCUCAAAAAUUACUGAGUCGAUUGCAAGUUCUUAUCGUACUAGUGGUGAUAGUGGUGGAAAUAUUUAGUGUGGACAGUUUUAAACAAACAAAAAAUGUGUGUGACGAUUCUGGACAAUUUGUAAUCGCCGAGUAUGAUUGGACGUUUAGGUGUGCGGAAAACAAGCAAUUAGCAUGUGGGAAACCUCAAAGGAGGGCUAUUUUGUUAAGGACUCUUUUGGAGCUAAACAUCACUACCCCUACGACACCUAAUAUGAUUAUUAUAUACAGGUGCGAAAACAGCGGCUGCUGCGUGAGGGCCCACGAGGAAUGCACCAACACCAGUUCGACAAAACAUAGGAUAAAUUUCACUACAUCGAGCGGCCUGCGGAGGGAAACGACGAUAUACAACCACACCGCCUGUUCCUGCCAGUACAUCAGGGCGACGCAGGAAUGCUUUCUAUAAAUACCCGAACGACUCGAACUAUAAUAUUAUAAAAAACACAGUAUUAGACGGGGAUUAAAUGCGUUUUAAGCAGGUACUGAACGAACCGACGGAAUACGUGAAAAGAGAAAUUUUUCACGUCAAAAGUAAAAAUAGAUUAAGGUGUUUGGGUAAACGCCGCGCCGUGUGAAAGUCUUCGAUUUCCUGACGAUGCAAUCGAGGCGAGAUGAGAAAAUGGAUUAAAAGGUAUUCAAAUUACACCUUAAGGUCUACAAGUAAUUCAAACAUCAGUCUUUAGUUCGAUCUAAACUUUAAUCGUUCAUAUACUCUAUUUGUUAUUAACUGGCAGCUCAUUACAAAUGCAAAUCUUCAUUAAUCUGCAAACAGCAGGUAAAAAUGCAGUUUAAUGUAGUUUUAGAUAUUAUUUUUCAAAGAGUCCCCGUUCUCAUGGAAAUAACAAUAUGGACUGUAUACCCAACAGGUAUGAAAAUCAUGGGUCAGUGAUGGAGAAUCAAAAAGUUGUUCGACAUCCUUCAAUUUAAAAGUUGUAUUUUGUUUGGCCACUUCUCCUUUUACUUGAGCCCAUAUUAACUCUAUUGGAUUUAGUUCACAAUGGUAAGGUAGCGAACAUAAUAAGCCACGUCUCCACCGGCCGCAUGCUCGUGCUCAAAGCCGCCUCAGUUUCAGCGUUGAUUGAGAUAUUAUACCUCAAUCAAGGGUUUCAGUUAGCCUCAGUAAAUGCGUUGACGUUCAGUGUGGACGGAAGUGUAUUGCUUGAUUGCGAGGCAUAAGAAUUGGUUUUGCUGAUUUGAUCGUGAACAUGAAUACUCAAGAAGAUUCGAUUACCUUAAUUAAAUUAUAUGGUUCACACACAUUGCUAUGGGCUCCCAAGUAUUACAAAUAUUUAAUAAAAGUCAGCGGGAAGAUGUUUGGAGGCCAAUUGCGGUGUAAAUGAAGUGUCAUGUUGGUGAUUUGAAGAAGAAAAUAGAAUCCUUGCUAGGUUCAUAUCGGAGAGGAGAAAAGCAGAGAGAAGUAUUGCAAGCUGUUGUAAGAAUCUCCGGUUGCUAGAAAUCUUAGAGUACUUAGAACUCGUUCUGUUUUUUUUUUUUUUUUCCUGGAAGCCGUCUGUUGUGAACCGGUUGUACUGCAGCCACUUGGCUUAUUGUACAUCUUCCAUUGUUUAUGAAACCCAUUCCAGAAUUCUGGAACCCUGUACCAGCUUGUACAGGUCUAGUGGGUGGGUGCCAUAUAAUUUUGGAGUCAUUUCGAUGUCUCCGAAAAGUGUUUGCCGCCUCCGAUCCAAUGCCUCACAGUCAUGCAAAAUAUGGUUGACUGUUUCAGGUUCUCUGUUACAGAGUCUGCAGCUCAAGUCUCCAUGAAACAGCCCCAUUGUAUGCAGGUGACCCUUAACUGGCGCAUGUCCAGUGAGGAAACCUGUUAUGACUCUGAGCUGAUUCCUGCUUGUUUUCAGCAGUAACUCAGCUCUACUAGCACAUGUCCGUCCGAUAUACAUCUUGCCAUGUGUUUGACCGGGUACACUCUCCCAGUGUGAGUUGUGUUGGCUUCGGAUCCAGGCUUUUUUUCGUUCGCGGACGGUGCUUUUUGGCACUCGCACGGCCGGCUCUGGACCCAGGUAUUUUGUAGCUGAUGCUCUCUUGGCAAGUGCAUCAGCUCUUUCAUUGCCGUAUAUGCCCCGAUGACCUGGAACCCAUACCAGUAUAACACUGUUAUGUUGUGCCAGUCUAUCAAGUUCUUGUCGACAUUCCCACACCAGCCUAGAGUUCACCUUAGGGCUUAUAAGAGCCCCAAUGGCUGCUUGGCUAUCUGUGCAUAUGUUAACCCGCUGCAGUUCGAAUGCCCUCAGGUUGUUUUCUCUUGCACACUGCAAGAUUGCAAAAAUCUCUGUCUGAAAUACGGAGGUACAUUCUCCCAGUGGAAUAGAAAUGUUGAAAUUUACACCACUAUAGAAUAUUCCUGCGCCCGAACCGUCUGCAGUUUUAGACCCGUCCGUAUACCAGGUGCAACCCUGCAGUCUGGGUCGAGAGUUUCCUCUGUCCCAUUCGUCUCGUGGGCAAAUGUCCACUUGAAAAGGUACUUCAGGCAUAUAUCUUGAUGUCAUAUGGUCAGAAAUCAUCAUCCAUUCGGCAUCAUUAAUUUCAUUCGUUAUUUUACUAUGUCCUGAUUUAACUGGU